AUGAGUGCGUUUUCUCUUCUGCCAGCUGACAAAAACCGGAAGAAAUUUCAGGAAUCUCUCAAAUUGCAGUCAUCAUUUCCACAAUUAUCGUAACUGCAACUUCCACUGAACCUGAGCAAAGCAAUGAUUUGUUCACAUGUUAUGAUGAUCCAAGUGACCAAAAAUGCCCACAAUUUUGCGAGAAAAGGGAACUGGAACCAUAUGUAUAUAAAGAUGAUGAUUUUGAGUGAGGGUUUUCCCGAUUUUCUUGCCUUCAAAGCUUCUUUUCUCUUUGAAAAUCCAUAUAUUUUCAGAGUUCCAACAAUCUUCUGGAUGUUCCUGAGUUUAUUGAUUUUCUUGUAUUUUGCGUUCGUUAUCAUGAUAUACACAUUCGCCCGAUUCAAACGUGAGUUCCUGAAAUCUUCAAAUUUACAUUGUAUUUCGAAAAACCCCUGUGAAAGAAACAACAAAAAAAAAGAAAAUAAAAAUUGGCUGGCUGGCCUAGAAACCGACUCGGCCAUUGUUCAUUUUUCAAUCAAUAAUUCAUUUUUUUGUCAGGCAAUCUCAAUUUGGUUCGUGGAAAGAAGCGGGUCGUCAAGAACGAGGAGGAAUCUGAAGUGGAGCAAGAGCAAGAGCACCCAUUCAUUUUUUCAAAACCGAAUUUUAUGUGGUUUUCUGGAUAUAAGAUGGGAUAA